UUGCCCUACGACUUCAGCUUUGUGACUGCUGUGCACUUAAAUUCAUCUUGAAAGAUGUCUCUCACUUUGAACUGUGUGAGGUGGAGACAAAGAGCUGAGGACGCACAUUAUGCAGAGUGGUCGUCAGAUGCGAGAAAGGUCCUGACGAGGUUAGAACAAGCAACCCUCCAGAAACCUUCCAUCAAAAUGACAUAAUGACGUUUGUACUCAUCUUUGCUCGCGUUGUUUUAAAAUAUACCACACAGUUUUCCUGUUGUAUAAACACAUCUUUUUCUUCUCCCAGUUCUUUAAAAAAAAAAAUGUUUGUGUCCCUGCAUGAAAUGAUAGCAGUAAAAGUAGAAUGCAUUUUUACUUUAUUUUUCUUCAACAAACGUUGUACAAAUAUAUGGAAGUACAGAAGCAAACGUUAAAAAUGGAUCGCAUCUGCUCACUUUAUAUUCUGUCAGUGAGUCAGAAUGUAACGAUGAUAGCAAUAAUUGUUUGAUUGGCGAUGUUCUUUCAGGUUUCAGCCAUCUGUCAUGUAGUAGGUCCUCUCAUGUAUCUCUGGAGCUGGCUAACCCACGUAUACACCCCUCACCCUCAUGAGGCCGUGACCCGUCCCAACCCUAAAUAACUUCCAUUCUGCUUGGUCUGAGCCCCCUGCAUACCAUCCGCACAGCACACGCUAGAAGGCAGCAAGUGUGUUAGGACGAGGAAGAUGAGCGUCAACAUUUGAGAGCAGUUAUUCACGUACAGUGCAGUCAUAGGAGAGUCACGUUUUGCUCUUAACUAAUGACCGUUUUCUUUGGCUGUCAUCACACAGAAGAACUUUUUUGCCCCAUUUACGUGACUAGCAAGGCUCAGACAAUUGUAUAUGUAAGUGUGAAAUCUCAGAAGAAAUUAAAGCAAAUUGCGGACAUUAUUUAUUCACUGAUCACAAGGCCUCGUGAAGUGUGGAAUAGUCACCAGAGAAAACGGGACCUGACCUUUCAUGACGACAAUGCCCAUUUAGAGCUUGACCUUCAUAAAGAGGCAGACACCAAGGAUGGUAAAGUUUUCAGCAUUCUGAGAGGAACUUUUAUGUCAGACGGGAUUUUAAAGAGCAGUGUGGCCUUCAAACAGAUGACAGAGUGGACUUGUAAGUGGACACUUUUGCUUUAGUUGAUUUUUUUUUUUCCCUCCCCCCCCCUACCUGGAGGUCAAGGCAGCCUUCUAAAAAGCUUUUACCAGAGACUACAUUAUCACCUACUGACAAGGCUUAGAUUCCAUUUGUUUCGAGUUGACGAUGGAUUCUCAGGGUGGCGCUUACUUGAACAUGGGAGCGCUCCUCUCACCUCUCGGCGCUGCCCGGCUUUGCCAGCUGGCAAUGGGCUGUGCCGUGAUCGCCAUGGUGAUCCACAGUGCGGGGUACAGUGGUUCCCACGGGGUGUUCUGCAUGGUCGUGUGGUGCUUCUGCUUUGCCACGUCAGUGGUGGUUUUCUUUUUGGAUGCCACACGGCUGCACAGCUGCCUGCCAGUAUCCUGGGACAACCUCACCGUCACAUAUGCCGCCAUUGCCACACUUGUGUAUGUGACGGCCUCAGUGGUCUACCCUCUCUUCUUCGUCCGAUCCGAGUGUCCCUACGCCGGCUGUGACGUCCGAAAUUUCCGCAUCGCAGUCGCCAUCUGCUCCAUUCUGGGGACCCUGGCGUACGGGGCCGAAGUGGCCCUGUGCCGAGCCAGACCGGGCCAAGCCGUGGUGGGCUACAUGGCCACGGUCUCCGGCCUCCUCAAAGUGGUCCAGGGGUUUGUGGCCUGCAUCAUCUUCGGCGCUCUAGCCAACGGGAGUCAAUAUUACCUCCACGCUGCCACCAUCUACUGUGUCGCCGUCUACGCCUUCUGCUUUACUCUGACGGCGCUCGUAGUCAUCAUGACUGUGUGCGGACGCACCAAGACGGUGCGCUGUUUGCCCUUUGACCGCUUUGUGGUGGUGUGCACCCUGCUGGAGGUGCUGCUCUACCUAAGCGCUUCCGUGGUGUGGCCCGUGUUCUGCUUCGACACCAAAUACGGCACACCUUGGCGACCGUACUCGUGUCCUCAAUGGAAGUGUCCGUGGGACAGCAAAGUCGUGGUGGCGGUUUUCUCCUUUGUCAACUUUUUGCUCUAUGUGGUGGACCUUGUGUACUCCCAGAAGACAAAAUUUGUCUCUUCACAUUUGUCCAACACCUCACGGCGGCUGGGACACAUGUAGGUUAGUGAAGUAGCAGUAGUUGAUGUAGUUGUUUUUUUUUUUUUUUUUUUUUUUUUCAAUACUGUAUAUGUUUGGACCUUGGGGUUUUAAUUUAUUUUAUUUUUGAAGGGUGAAAAAGGGAACAUAACUCAAAAUAGGUUUUUUUUGGAGAGAGGUGGGGAAAAAUGUUAUUUCUUUUCCAAGGUGCUGGUUCAGACCCCUCGUCAAUUAUGGGCCCUUUCAAUUGUUUAUUUUCAAUUUAAAAAAAAAAAAAAAAAAAAAACCCAAAAACUCAACCGAAAGGGAAACUUUUUUUCUUCUUCUCCCAAACAAAGCUAGAAAUUCAGCCUGGAUGCUUUCUGGAAUGUGAACUUAGAAUGUAACCAACACACACAUAUGCUCUACCACACCCAAAUGACGUUGCAAUUUGACUUUUUUGUUUUGUUUUUUUUUAACAGACCUCUCUCGCGCUCUAAAGGGAUUUGGGUGACGAGACAGCCUCACCCAAACCGGUUGGUAUGUGCUUUCACGUCAGUAUUUAACCCGGGACUCCUGUGGAGUAACAAUUACUUUCCUUUUUGUAUUCCUACUCGGAUAACAUACAAGUCUGGAAUAUAAAUAGUAGAUCUGCUAUUGGCAUCUUUGGUAUGGCUGUUAUCUGAAAAACCCACACCAGCUGACAGAAAUUCUGUUACCAAAAAUAAACAAGUUACUGCACUUGUAAAGGCACUGUCAUGAUUUGUGUUUUUGUUGACUUUUUGAUGAGGUUUCAUCUUAUGCCGUGCGUGUUUUUCCACUGUGCUCGGUUGUCAAUGUUGUUGUCUUGCUCAUUAGGUGAGCCAUGUCCUUGUGUCUACCAAUCAGCUCCCGCCAGCCAUUUCUGUUUUGUCCAGGUGUGCCUCAUUGUCGCAUCAUUUUCCUUUUAUUCAUUUCCCUGUUUCUGUUGGAUCAUUGUUGCUGUCACUCACUGGUCUCUGGGCAUGUCCUGUUUCAUUUUGUGGCUACUGUUGUACCGCCACGCCUCCCUCAUUCCUUCCAUUUGGGUCAACUACCUCUUCCUUAAAAAAAAAAAAAAGUUAAAUUCUGAUGCAGGAAAAAAAAGAGGUUGCCGACUGAAUGCGCCAUAUAAAAUGCAAAUGUCUAUACGCAUCUUUCAUGGUUGCACAAUCUAAAUAUGGACAGUGGCACAAGUAUGAUUGUUUGCACAGGCUUUGGAAAUACAUAUAAACUUAUAUGCACAACUAAUGCACAAUGUUUCCUUUUCAGUGAGUUUUUUUAAAAAACUUUAUUUUUUCUGUAAGCCACAAAGAGUUAAAAUCAUACACGCCACAAAUAGUUGUUUAAAUGCAUUCUAGAAAGUUUCUCUUUGACCUGAUACACUUUGUAGCUUCUAGCACAACUCGAGCUUUAUAGUCAACUGCUCAUCUGGGCAGAAUGUAGAGUUCAUGCAAAGUGACUAGUUCGGACCUGACUGUUAAGCGUUGUCCAUUCAUGAUCAAUAGGGUUGAGGUCAGGUUUUUGGGACAGCCAUUCCUUAAGAUUAAGCCUGCUUCAUCCAUUCCAUAAACAAUUUUAUCAUGUGUUUGUCCUUUUAGAGUCAUUUGUGUCCAAUUUGAUAUUGUAUGUUAUUGUUGUUGAUAUU